CGUAUAGAUGAGGGGGUUGACCGGUUCCUUUUAUCUACUGAUCACCACCGAAUCCACCAGCGCCAGACGGAGUUGCUCCAACACAAGCCAUGAUGAACCGGAAGCUCCACAUGCUUUUCGACAUCAUCCGACCACGCUCGGCAUCCUUUGUUGGUGAAAUAAACCGCAGAAUGGAACAGGAUUUUAAUCCGCGGCAUGAAACAGACAAGCGAUCCUUUACACUUGGACAGAAGUUGCUACUACGUGACUAUCGGAAUGGCCAUGCGAAAUGGACGCGAGAGACGGUCGAAAGCAAACGCGGAUACGUCAUGUAUGACGUGAUGGUGGACGCACAGAUCUGGGCACAUUGUGCCAACCAGAACAAGCAAGACCUAUUGACCUCUCGUUCGAUUUACUGGUGGAAAGCUUCAACUUGCCAAAGAUAGCAGUGGACGACUGCACACAAUCGAGCAAGGAAUCCAGAACACGGAUAUGGGAACAAAUUUCUUAGACACUUCUGCCAAGGAGAUGGACCGAUAGGCAGAGAACACCGUACCGAAGACUGC